AUGAUCAAAAUAACUAAGAAAUAACCUGUUUUUACGUGGAUACUAAUCGCUCGUACGAAGCUAUGUUCAGAUAAUAAUCUUAGAAAAAAUAUUGCUUGACCAUGCUUGUUUUGUAUAUAUAUAAGAUCAGCUUAGUCAGAACAAGUAAAGAUUGAGCAAGGAGACGGUACAGUCGCAUUCCUAUAAAUAUAUUAUUUUAAUAAUGACGUCAUUAACAUUUGUGUUUCUCGUAAUUGGAGUAGCCAUUAAUUUGGGAAACGUUAAAGCAUUGUCUGAUGAUGAAAAGACCAACAUCCACGCAGGUUUACUACCAUUCAUAGCAGAGUGUAGCAAGGAAUACGGUGUGACAGAGGAUCAGAUCAAAGAAGCCAAAGAAUCUGGUCAGAUUGGUACCAUCAAUCCUUGUCUAAUGGGAUGUAUAUUUAAGAAAGUCAAUGUGAUUGAUGAACAAGGAUUAUUUGUUCCUGAAAAAGCUGAAGAAAUUACCAAGAAGUUCUUGCCAAAUGAGGAUGAUCAAAAGAAGGCUUUCGAUAUCAUCAAAACUUGUACAUCAGUUAACGAGAAAGAUGUCAGCGACGGAGAGGCCGGUUGUGACAGAGCCAAGCUUUUGUACGAAUGCUUCAUCCCAUUCAAAGGGGCGUUUGGAAAGGCUCGUUAAAUCAGCGUAUUUGAAAAACAACGAUCUUUACUUUUACAAUUUAUUUACAAAUGUUCCUUGACGUUGUUAUUUUUAACUUGAAAUAAAGCAAUUAUAAUUUUA